AAAACGAGAUCAAGCCCGUCGCUUUUCUCGAGGAAAAGAAAAGUAGAUGACCCUUUAACAAACCCAAACCUAUUGGCUGGUGGUGGUGACUCGUCGAAUCUCUCUAAUCUGUUUUUCCCAAUUUUUGCUCUGUUUCUGCUCUGUAAUGGCGAUUUGAGCAGAACCCACAAGCUGAAACUGAAGAAUUCGUGAGAAAGGUUUCAACUUUGAGAGAGAUAUGGCGGUUUCAGAGCAGAGCCAAGACGUGUUUCCAUGGCUGAAAUCGCUACCAGUAGCCCCAGAGUUCAGACCCACUCUAGCAGAGUUCCAAGAUCCGAUGGCUUACAUUUCAAAGAUCGAAGAGGAAGCUUCCAGAUACGGAAUCUGCAAAAUUGUGCCUCCUGUGCCUCCUUCCUCUAAGAAAACCGCCGUUAGCAACCUCAACCGCUCUCUAGCCGCUCGUGCUCGGGCCAGGGCUCGUGACGGCGGAAAGUCCGAGUACGACGGUGGUGGACCCACAUUCACCACGCGUCAACAGCAGAUCGGGUUUUGCCCUAGGAGGCAGCGUCCCGUGCAGAGACCCGUGUGGCAGAGUGGUGAGCGUUACACUUUCGAUGAGUUCGAGUUUAAAGCUAAGAACUUUGAGAAGAGUUAUCUUAAGAAAUGUGGUAAGAAGAGUUCUGUCUCGCCGCUUGAAAUCGAGACACUUUACUGGAGAGCCUCCGUGGAUAAGCCUUUCUCAGUUGAGUAUGCUAAUGACAUGCCCGGAUCGGCUUUUGUGCCUCUGAGUUUAGCUGCUGCGAGGAGGAGAGAGUCUGGUGGUGAUGGUGGGACUGUUGGUGAGUCAGCUUGGAACAUGAGGGCGAUGGCUAGAGCUGAAGGGUCGUUGCUCAAGUUCAUGAAGGAAGAGAUCCCUGGUGUGACGUCUCCGAUGGUUUAUAUUGCUAUGAUGUUUAGUUGGUUUGCUUGGCAUGUGGAGGACCAUGACCUCCAUAGUCUUAAUUACUUGCAUUUGGGUGCUGGUAAGACUUGGUACGGUGUGCCGAAGGAUGCUGCUAUGGCCUUUGAGGAGGUGGUUAGGGUUCAUGGUUAUGGAGAAGAGCUUAAUCCUCUUGUGACAUUUUCUACUCUUGGUGAGAAGACAACUGUUAUGUCUCCUGAAGUAUUUGUUAGAGCCGGGAUACCAUGUUGCAGGUUAGUGCAAAAUCCUGGAGAUUUUGUCAUCACCUUUCCAGGAGCAUAUCAUUCGGGAUUUAGUCAUGGAUUCAAUUUUGGGGAAGCAUCUAACAUUGCAACUCCACAGUGGUUGAGAAUGGCAAAAGAUGCUGCCAUUCGACGAGCUUCCAUAAAUUACCCUCCAAUGGUUUCUCAUCUCCAGUUACUUUAUGACUAUGCAUUGGCUCUAGGUUCAAGAGUGCCAGCUAGCAUCCACACCAACCCUAGGAGUUCUAGAUUGAAAGAUAAGAAAAAAAGCGAAGGAGAAAAAUUGGCUAAUGAACUAUUUGUGCAAAACAUUAUCCACAACAAUGAGUUGCUCCACUCUCUUGGAAAAGGAUGUCCAAUAGGUCUUCUUCCACAGAGUUCCUCAGAUAUAUCGGUUUGCUCUGAACUGCGAAUUGGGUCCCAUUUGGGUGCUAACCAGGAAAAGCCAAUCCAGUUAAAAUCGGAGGACUUGAGUUCUGAUAGUGGUAUGGCCAGUCUCAGUAACGGUGUGAAAGAGAAGUUUACAUCUUUGUGUGAAAGGAACAGAAAUCAUGUGGCGAGCAAAGAAGAUGAAACCCAAGGAACUUCAACAGAUGCUGAAAGGAUGAAAAAUAAUGGAGCUGUGGGGCUUUCGGAUCAGAGGCUUUUCUCAUGUGUUACAUGUGGAAUCUUAAGCUUUGAUUGUGUAGCUAUUGUUCAACCUAAAGAAGCAGCAGCUAGAUAUCUCAUGUCUGCAGAUUGUAGCUUCUUCAAUGAUUGGACAGUUACAGUUGCUUCCGGAUCUGUCAAUCUUGGUGAGGAUGUAGUGAAGCCUCCUUCACAAAACACAGGAAAGCAAGAUGUUGGCUACUUAUACACUGCUCAUGUUCAAACUCCGUAUCAUUCAGUGAAGACCGGUGAUCAAAGAACUUCAUCAAGUUCCCUAACAAAAGAGAAUGGUGCUCUAGGGUUACUAGCUUCAGCAUAUGGAGACUCUUCUGAUUCAGAGGAAGAAGAGCAAAAAGGCUUUAAUAAUCCUGUUUCGGAUGAAGUUGCUUGCGUACUUGAAGAUGGCAACGAGGAGGCCAGAGAUGGUCUACCUUCUGCUUUAAACAGCCAAAGACUUACAUGUGAGAAAGGAAAAGAGGUUGACGUAUCACAUGCUAAUCUAAGCGAAGGCAGGAAUACUUCACUAGUAGAAAUAACUUCACCGUUUAUUCCAAGAUCUGAUGACGGUUUCUCUCGGUUGCACGUGUUUUGUCUUGAGCAUGCUGUUGAAGUAGAACAGCGUCUUCAUCCUAUUGGAGGAAUUAACAUAAUGCUAUUAUGCCAUCCAGAGUACCCGAGGAUAGAGUCUGAAGGAAAGAUAGUUGCCAGAGAGCUUGGAGUUAAUCAUGAGUGGAAUGAUAUUGAAUACAAGAAUGUGACCCGAGAGGAUGAGGAAACGAUUCAGGCGGCGUUGGCAAAUCUUGAAGCUAAGGCUGGGAACAGUGACUGGGCUGUAAAGUUGGGUAUUAACCUUUCUCACAGUGCUAUCCUCAGUCGCUCUCCUCUCUACAGUAAGCAGAUGCCUUACAACUGCGUCAUUUACAAUGUGUUCGGUCGCACCUCUCCUGCAGCGAGCUCACCCACAAGACCCCAAGUUUCUGGUAUAAGAUCUUCCAGACAGAGGAAAUAUGUUGCUGGAAAAUGGUGUGGUAAGGUUUGGAUGUCGCAUCAGGUGCAUCCGUUUCUGCUGGAGGAGGAUUUAGAGGGGGAAGAAUCUGAAAGAAGUCAUCUGCGAGUUGCUCUGGAUGAGGAUGUCACUGAAAAGAGAUCGUUUCAUGGUAAUGAUUCUAGAGAUUCAACCACAAUGUUCGGAAGAAAGUAUUGUAGGAAGAGAAAGGCGAGAGGGAAGGCUGUGCCACGCAAGAAGCUCACAUCUUUUAAGAGGGAAGCAGGAGUUUCUGACGAUACAUCAGAGGAUCAUUCCUAUAAGCAGCAAUGGAGGGCUUACGGGGAUGAGGAAGAGUCUUAUUUUGAGACAGGGAAUCCGGUUUCUGGUGAUUCAUCAAAUCAAAUGUCUGAUCAGCAACAGCUCAAGAUAAUUCGUGGAGACAAGGGUGUUAAAGAAUUUGAGACAGAUGAUGAGGUUUCAGAGCGUUCACUUGGACGAGAAUAUGCUGUAAGGGAAUAUGCAUCUUCAGAUAGCUCGAUGGAGGAUGGCUUUCAGGUAUACCGAGAGAAGCAGCCAAUGUAUGAUGAUGAUGAUGAUGAUGAUGAUGAUGAUGAUGAUGAUGAUGAAGAUGAUGAUAUCUACAGGAACCCUAGAGGGAUUCCACGGAGCAAACGGACUAAAGUUUUUAGAGAUCUGGUUUCGUAUGAUUCAGAAGCAAUUGGUGUUUAUCAGCAAAGGGAAAGAGUGUUCACAAGUGAUGCACAGACUAGUCGAAUGGGUGGAGAGUACGAUUCAGAAGAGAAUUCAUUGGAGGAACAAGACUAUUGCAGUACAGGGAACAGGCAAACCAGGUCCAUAGCUAAACGUAAAGUAAAAACCAAGAUAGUUCAGAGUCUGGGAGACACAUCUGGUCACACUUUGCUACAAUCUGGAUCAAGAAAGAAGAUUAAAGAGUUGGAUUCAUACAUGGAGGGACCUAGCACACGGCUUAGGGUGAGAAACCCGAAGCCCUCAAGAGGAUCUUCAGCAACAAAACCGAAGAAAACUGGUAAGAGAGGAAGAAAUGUAUCCUUCUCAGGAGUUGCAAGUGAUGAAGAGGUGGAGGAAGAUGAAAAAGAAGAAGAAAGUGAGGAAGCUAGCACACGGAUAAGGGUGAGUAGCCUGAAGCCGAAGAAAACUGGUAAGAAAGGAAGUAAUGUUUCCCUCUCCGGAGUCGCAAGUGGAGACGAUGUGGAGGAAGAGGAACGCUUGCCGUACCAAUGUGACAUGGAAGGAUGCACAAUGAGUUUCAGUUCUGAGAAACAGUUGUCUCUGCAUAAAAGAAACAUCUGCCCUGUCAAAGGCUGUGGCAAAAACUUCUUCUCACACAAAUACUUGGUACAGCACCAGCGUGUUCACUCAGAUGAUCGUCCUCUGAAAUGUCCAUGGAAAGGAUGCAAGAUGACGUUCAAGUGGGCUUGGUCUAGAACAGAGCACAUAAGGGUACACACUGGUGAGAGGCCUUAUGUUUGUGCAGAACCGGGAUGUAGUCAGACAUUCAGGUUUGUCUCAGAUUUUAGCAGGCACAAAAGGAAGACAGGUCAUUCAGCUAAGAAGACCAAGAAAAAGUGACUUGACUUUUUAGCCUUUUUAUUAGGCUUUUUAACAUGGAAUCGAAUCUAUCAUGAAGCUCUAUUAUUAAUCCAUUGGGUUAGAAGGAGAAUUAGUGGUUUUAAAAAUUGUGGAUCUGGUAAUUGUUCAUUCAAAGUCUUAAACAUUGAGGAGGGCCACUGUGUUGUUUCAGACAUUCAGAAGCUCUCUUUUGUUGUAUUCUCUGUUGUCUUUGUUUAAUGUUGGAUACUUGGAUGGAUUCAUCAUAAUAAUCCUGGUUUAGGAGAA